AUGAUUGCUUCAAGGUCAAAUAGAUUGACUAGAAUUUCAUCCAAUGCCUUACUUGUAUCUCAAUUCAAAUCUUCAUCAUCCUCUGUUAGAAAUCUUCAAAUAUACGAAAGAAGGGAGAAACCUGGUUUCUUUGACCAAAUUUCUGGAAUGUAUGAAAAUGGACAACAUUUAGAAGGUAAACCAUUAGAAUUUAGGGAUGGAAGAUUCAGAUAUUACAUUGGUUUCCUAGGAACUGCCAUUGUUGCUGUUCCAACAGCUUUUGGAAUAUUGUGGGCCUUCUUUUGCCUCUUCUCCUACACGACUCGUGACUCUCAAGUUGUAGUUAAUCGUAGAAAUCCACAUCCAUUCCUUCAAAUUAAGAAUGGUCUUGAUAUGAAUAAGACUUUCAAUCCAAUCCUUGGUCGUGCUGUUCCUUUCAGUGUCUUGAAUCAAGAUUAUGCCAUGAUGUUUUAUAAUGAAUUGAAUAAGGCCAAAAAACGUGAAUUAUAA